AUGAUUGUUGAAGCGGAGGCCCUUCAGAGUCGAUCUCUGAAGACAAAGACAAUAAAAGUGAUUAGGGGUCUAUGGUUAAGCGAUUCACAGACAAUAUUAAAGCAUAAGGAUAGAGGCAGUCAGGCAUCUGUUGCUGGUGCAAUCUGGCCCAAAAUCAGCAAGCCAGAGUCACGUUCAGUGAGGGAUAAACGCAUUUCCCCACCAAGAGCUGGUGGAGAAGCAGUCAUAGGAGCUACCUGUGGCCUCUUGGAACAAGAGGAACAGGUUGAGGCUGGAUAUCCGACAGCCUCAGAGAAAAUCGAUGUGCAGGGGACAUCGCACUUGCUGGUUUCCCAUAUGUACACCGAGUCCGAUACCCAGUGGCACUUCAACCAACUUACCAGUUGUUGUGCACAGUUUGUAGAAAGAGCAGGGGCUGGGGAUUUGACCAGCCCAGAAAAAGCUGAAGUGCAGGACACUUCGGUGAGCUGGCACUCAGCAGAUGCUGAGAUGCCAUUAUCUCCCCAUGGAACCAGUGGGGAGAUGGUCACUUGGACCAUAUUAGACCCUUCAGAGUGGGAGGAAUGGGUAUGGCCCGUGAAUUUGGCUGGCCCAGAAUGGGUCGAAGUGCAGGGCACUUCAGAGAGCAGGCACUCAGAGAUGCUGAGAUGCCCUCAGAAGUCUUCAAAGGACAAUGAAGAUAACAGCAGCACAUGCAUAUCGCUGCUGGGAGAUAAAGCGCUGGCUAUCAUAUCAGCAGUGGAUGAGCACACAUCCAAGAAUGCCUGCACACAGGUCUGA